AUGGAAGGGAUUGUCUCCAUUUUUGAAAGUCAGCAUCUUCAAGUUCAAACGACAAGAUCUUGGGACUACAUGGGUCUAUCUUUAGAGAUUCCUCGAAAUCCAUCAAUCGAGAGUGACAUAAUAAUCGGUCAUAUUGACAGUGGUAUCAAUCCUGAAGUAAAGAGUUUAUCUGACCACAAUUUAGGCAAUGUUCCCAACAAAUGGAAAGGUGUUUGUGAGGGAGGAAGAAACUUCACUUGCAACAAGAAACUAAUUGGAGCCAGAUACUACGAUGGGCACUCGGCAAGGGAUAUAAAAGCAAAUGGGACUGCAAGAGGAGGUGUCCCAUCAUCAAGGAUAGCUACUUACAAUGUGUGUGGCAAGUAUUGUUAUGAUGAUGCUAUAAUGGCCGCCUUUGAUGAUGCCAUUGCUGACGGUGUAGACAUUAUCACAAUCUCUAUGGGUUAUGAUUCUCCCUUUAACAUUACUCAAGAUGCUAUUGCCAUCGGUUCCUUUCAUGCAAUGCAGAAAGGUAUUUUAACCGUACAACCUGCGGGAAAUACGGGUAUUAACAUCUUAAAAACUGUUAUAAGCAAUGCACCAUGGUUGUUCACUGUGGCUGCGAGUAGUACCGACAGAAAAAUCAUCAAUAAGUUGAUCCUUGGAAAUGGGCGUACACUCACUAGCGUUGCAUUGAGUCUUUUGACAACAGGAAGACAUAACAAGAGAUUGGUAUACGGAAGAGGAAUCACCCGACACUGUAACGAAUCAAGUGCAAUGCAAUGUAUAAUUGAUUGCGUUGACCCUGAUUUAGUGAAGGGAAAGAUUGUAGUAUGUGAUGCUGACGUUGAUAAGUCAGAUGCAAUAUUCGCAACUAUGACUGCCAAUGCGAGUGGAGUUAUUCUUCGAAAGAAUAGAAGUUCAAAUGAUUCUAGUUCAUUGACCUAUUUACCCACUGCAGCUUUAAAUGAUCCUGAUUUUCAUUAUAUUGAAUCUUACAUCAAGUCUACAAAAUUUCCAUCCGCACGAAUUCUAAAAAGUGAGACUAUUCACAGUUAUGCUCCAAUAGUAGGUUCUUUCUCCAGUAAGGGACCCAAUACUAUUUUACCAGAAAUUUUAAAGCCUGAUAUAACUGCACCGGGGAUAGAUAUAUUGGCCGAAUGUCCUAUAGACGAUGGAAAAAUUGUUUCCAAUUACGAUAUUCAAACCGGUACAUCCAUGGCGUGUCCUCAUGUUACAGGCGCAGCUGCUUAUGUGAAAUCAAAACAUCCUAAUUGGUCACCUUCAGCUAUCAAAUCAUCUCUCAUGACUACCGCUUGGACUAUGAAUACAAAUUAUAAUGCCGAUGCGGAAUUUGGAUAUGGAGCAGGACACAUUGACCCAGUGAGAGCCGUACAUCCUGGACUUGUUCAUAUGCUAUGUCUGUCAGCCGACUUUCCAGAUGUCAUGCAUAACCUUCCACGCUACAGUCCUGUUUUAUCUGCAUUCAUAGACAAUAGCAAAUCUGGUACCCAUUUUUUCUUUGGGUCUGUGAUGGAUUAG